AUGUUGCAUCGUCGGCUGCGCCUGCUGUUCUACAUCGGCUACAGUCAGAUGCUCAUCUACGGGCUGCUGCCGUCGACGUUGCAGAGCAGCCUAGGCCGGGUGAGCGUGAGCCGAGUGUCCGCCGGAUAUCUGAUCUAUAGUGUGUGCCCGGCCCUGUUCGUGUUGGCCGAGACGCCGUUCAUGAUGGCCAGCGGCCUCUUGGGCAGCUAUAUGCGUCACAACGUUGUCCUGCAGUGGUCCCAGCUGCUGAUGACGUCUUUUCGCAUUGUCGCCUUGCUCAGCUGCUAUGGCACCGUUUGGCUGCAGCGCCGCCGGCUGAUGCAGCUCUACGCCGACCUACUGCAACGCUGGCACGCCCACUGGCCGACCCUGUGCCGAGUGAAUGGUGCCAAGUCCCUGGAGCGCCUGCAACUGGAGUUGGCUGGCCAAAUGCUACGGAUGCUGUGCGUCAAUUACUCCAUGGUCAUCCUCUCGCUCAUCAUGCAAUUCCGCCUGCACGCGCGCACCAAUCUGUUGUUUUUCCUCUUUCGCAUUGCCACGAUGCUAAUGCUAUCGGCUCAGCGAGUGAGCUUCAUAACUCUGCUGCUCCUGCUCAUUCACCAGUUCCGAGCCGUGCAGCUGGCACUGCAUUCGCUCAGCCGCUCGCGCUGCUCCCAGGCAGAGCUGAGCCGAGUGGCCCGCAUACACAGCGAGUGGCUGCUGCUGGCCAGACGCGUCUUCAGCAUCUACGAUCUGGCCAAUGCCAGCAUCUUUCUGAACAUGUUCGCCGUGAACGUGAGCAUCUUCUAUCAUGCCAUUCAGUUCGGCAACAAGACCAUCAAGUCCAACUACGUGGGCAUCCUCAUUGGCGACGCACUGGUCAGCCUCAACAUAUUGAAUUCAGUUCUGCUCAUGAAUCUGCUGGAUGAUGCACUGAGGGCCUGCAACGACUCGGCUCUGCUGCUGCUUCAAUUCAACGAUCUGCGUCGACUGAGCGCAGAGUCACACAAGGAGCUGGAGCUCUUUGGCCAUCGUCUGCGCAACAAUCGCCUGGUCUAUCGCAUAUGCAGCUGCGUGAUCCUGGAUAAGCCCGCCUGCCUGAGCUACAUGGCCGCUGUGCUGACCCAUGUCAUCCUGCUAAUGCAGUUCGAUCUGAAGCGUCGCCAUGAGCAGGGAUUGAAAUAUGAAAGCUUCUUCAAAAAGGAAAAUUAG